CACAAACCGGGAAAAAUCGCUAAAAGUGGUUUUGCAUCAAGCAAAAGACUUCAAUCCAGCCAUUUUACGAAGAAGAAAAGAUAAAUAUUUUUCAAUACUAGUAUAAUAAAAGCUUUAUUACAAAUUAUCUUUCAAUUUUAUUCUUUUGCAAAAAAAAAAUGCAGGAAAAAAUAAUUUAAUGUUAGACUUAAAAUGACUUGACGGUUAAUGAUUUUCGUGCUAUAUUUAGUAAUUUUCUACUUUGACAAACAUAAAAUCUUUACAUAUAUAAAAUCUUUUAAAUUUCUUAAAAUAAUUCAAUUAAUAAGGUAAUUAUUUGGCAAAUAAAAGACUAAUAGAAAGAUUUCUCCACUUUUGUUCACAGAUACCGCAAGUACGCAACGUUCACAAACGUCUACGAAAUCAUCAAUAAAACAAACGUCCACGACAUCUCCAUUGGCAUCGACGUCAAUGUGGUCAACGAGUUUGAGAAUGUUGACUAGUAGUCCGAGUGAUGUGAUCAAGACAUCGUCGAGUGCACCAACGAAGAAGACAAAGAUGCCAAGGGUGACUUUGAAACUUAGAGAGAACGAAACGAUACCACAAAUGUACAUGAAGGCAGGGAUAGCAUCGUAUAAGAAAGGGAACAUCACUACGAGCGUGCUGGCACAUGGCCUAAGCUUGGAGGGGUUGAUCUUCAAAACGCCAGAAGGAACGAUAAAUCCAUGGCCGCAAAAGUGGUUCUUCACUGACUCCUCUUCUUCUGAUUUUCAAUGGAAGGGGUUAAACCAGAUGCCAAUAAGAAUUUACAUAGUUCUAGCAGUAUUCGCAGCUAUGGCAAGCAUCAGUAUUUCUUUGCUACUGUACGUGCAGCGAAAGGCCAUAAGACGCCAACGUCAGUGCAUUGAGGAAGCAGGAGUGGAGGGUCAUGAGGAAGACAAAUCAAUCUUGCUGGGUGUCCAGGAAACUGAGGAGAAAGAGUAAUCGUGAUUCUAUCACUGGAGAGUUAUGUAGCUCGUAAGACCCGCAUAUUUUUACAACACGUACUUAUGUCAGUUUAAAUUUAGGUAACUCGCGUGAAAACACUGAACAAAUCAUCAUUGAGAUAUUGGCAGUACCGGCUAAUAUUUUCUCAAUUUAUUUAAUCAAGUGCUGAUUACUGCGUUUUAAGGAAUUGACCGAUUAAAUAAUUAUCAUUCUCUUGUCUCGUUUUCCUCGUUGUUUGAAUUUUGCUUACUUUGCGUGCCCAAUUCUUCAGAGGAGAAUUAACCUUGACAAUAGUUUGAUAUGACGUGAAAUUUUCUCAAAACAUAGUUCUUAUAAGAAUUUUAUUUUUAAAUAAUUAUAUAACUAUAUAAUU